AUGCAUGGGCCCGUCUUGACGAUGCCCGCUGCCCUCGACGCGAACUCGGCACUCCUUCGCUCGCACUCCUCUUCAGACCUUCCUGACCUCAUCCGCGUGGACUACAAAUCAAAGCCAGCACAGCAUGACGAUGGACUGCCGAGAUCCGCGAGUUUCGGUGGCCUACCCAUCCUCGAGAACCUCCCAUAUGGCUCAAAGGACCAGGUGCAGCGGAUCGUCUCUGCACAUGCUAUGCCCAAACCUCCCGAAGAAGUCGAUGAACCGAAGAGCCGGAAGGAAGGGAAGGGCACAUUGGUGAAGGAGGAGAAGCCAAAGCUCGACCGAGUAGGGAGGAGAAAAUCCUUUGUAUCGGGACCCAAAGCUUGGAUACAACGGGUAAGGGGAUCUCCCGAAAGAAACCAACCCAUCGAGGUGGUUGAUACUGCCCCCGAGGUCAUCCCACCCGUACCCGCACUUCCCAAACCUUACCGGGAAAAGCCCAAGAAGGUGUCAGAAUCGUUUGCAACAUUUGCCCGGAAGUCAUGGAUCAACACGUCAAGGUCACCAUCCCCAAGGCGUGACAGGGAGAAAGAGACAGAGCAGGAUGUGGAAUCCGGAGAUGCUUCGCAAGACGCUGCCAGUAGCGCACCGUCUUCCACUUCGACUUCCGCUUCGCCUUCUAUCUCGACUUCUAUCUCAACUUCCAUUCCGUCUUCCGUUUCGAGCCAGUCCUUGGAGGCCCCUCCACAGAUCGAAAAACCUGCUCCGGCCAAACUGUCCACCAGCCCUCCAAAAGCUUUCUCGCGGAGGACCUCGACCCUUCAGAAGAUAAAACAAAGGCCACAAAGCGUGCUCAUGAAUUUCAGCACUUUCAAUUCCGCCAAUUCCUCCGCAAGCAGCUUGCCCACGAGCUCUACUGAUCACCGAUCCACCCCGAGAACCUCAAUUGACAAAGUACCGCCGGUUCCGUCCCUCGACAAGCUCCAAAAUCUCCAUCCCGAGACACCUCGCAGGCGUGACGAGCUAUGGUCGGCUUUCCGCUCACUGGAAAAUGAUUUCUCGAAAUUCCAAGCUAAGUCCUGGUCCUUGAAAACCAAUGUUGUCAGAGCAUCACUCCUACCUUUCCUUCGAAAUCAUGCAUCGCAUCCUUCCAACAGGAAUCUCCGCCCAGAAGACCUGGAUAGGCGAGUCAAGAUUUUAAACAAGUGGUGGUUGGGACUAUUGGAGGUGCUUGAUGGCAGACAGAAUCAGGUAGUCUCGGGGGUGGAUAGGCCGGUAUUGCUUGAAGCCACCCUUGCAAUUAUGAUGAGGCCUGAAUGGCGGAUGAGCCCAUCUGCGUUUGCGCCAUUAUCUGAGCGGCCUCCAGACCACUUCAAUGAACGUACUCCGCUACGAAAUAAAAAGUCCAGUGGGUCAUUAAGCUCAUCGAGCUCUCAAUUUCUGACUGAUUCCAUCUAUCAUAACAUUCGGAUCCUGUUUAUCCAGAAUUUGCUUGCACAGAUGAGAUUUGUAGUUGACAAGAUGUCGUUGAGGCAUGCCCCGGCAAGUCUUGUGACUUUCUGUGGGAAGGCCGCAGCGUAUGCCUUCUUUUUUGUGCCUGGAGUGGCAGAUAUGUUGGUCAGACUAUGGAGACCACAAGCCGACACGUUGAGACGGGCAGCGGACGAGCUCGGUUUGCCUAGGCGUGUCAACAAGCUUGACACUGAUGACGUGGUUGCAACAUUUCCAUCUCAUAUCCAAUCACUUGGCUGGACGUCUGCCAAAUCGAUGACGGCCCAAUUGCAAAAGAAGCCGCCCUUCCCUGUUCUCGCAGGGAAUGUCCCUUGGUCCGGCCCAUGGGUUUCUAGAUGGUGUGGAAGAGACAGUGAUCUAUUCUUUGUCUUUACCAAGCACUAUCAUAUCCUCGCCGAGGAGUUCCUGCCGUCUGACCUACCCCUUUCGGCAAAAGCUCGCGCCCCAGGUUUCGUGCUUGUCCAGGCUCAACUUUUGACAGCAUUGGAUGGAACUAUUCAUCGGGCGCCUCCUCCUGAACCAUUGCCCAUCACUUUUGAUGAUGUUCUUGCAGGAGCAGAUGCUUCGGCCGCGGCUCUCCCUCUACCUUCAAGUAAUUCUGCACGACUGAUGGCGGAGAAUCGGUUGAUUAUGCUUCUGCGAGAUUUCGUAUCUGAGAAACCCUCUGAUUAUGAAGCGGCUCGGAUGACAUUCGCUGAAUCUUUCGAGAAAGUAAUGCAGGCGGCGGCUCGAAGAACCUCAUUAUUUGACCAUAAUGCGUGUUUUAUCUUGUGCGAUUUCAUGGAAGAGGCUUUGUACAUCUUCGUUCGUUUCCAUCUUUCCCGUCCCUUGGCAUCCGAUUUUGUCGAUUGGUACUUUUGGCUGGAGGUCUGCAAGAAAAUGCUCGAGAGCCAGAACAGCAUGUCCGAAAUUCGACUCUUCUCGUUCCUUUAUGGGACGUGGGGUGUCCUCACGAGCAAUGAGCGUCGAAAAGAGGUUGUAUGCUUGGACUGGUUGUUAACAGAAGAGAGUUUUGGCCGGUUCUUCAACCACUGGUGUCCGAUGGUCAGGGCUUAUUACAUGCGCCUCUUGUGCUGGCGGCUGUGUCGGGAUGAUGGAGAGCCGACUGAGCUUGAUACUAAAAUCUUCAGCGCUGUUGCUGCACGUCUGCAAUCAAACUGGGCGCAGUAUCUGUUCUUAAAACAAGCUGCUGAAGAGGAUUAUACCCUUCCUCCUUCGACUGUACCAUGUCACCCCGCCCCUGGCCGCCGCCUUCUCAUCAUCCGUAAUGACAAUCUACCUCCCGCAUCAAGUCUCUUUCUCGGUUUCGACGGCGUCACGACAGCGUCCUUGAAAGGUACGACCAAAUCCAACGCAUAUAAGCGCCUUUCCACUCCGGCGUCUCUUUCCAAUCUCGAAUCGACUGAUAGCUUUGCGUCGAAACUAACAAGCGAUGCACCGACUACACCAACCAAAAGAAGGUGGGCAUUUAUGGGCAAGAUUCGCCCUGGCAGCUCCGCCUCGGACACCGCAAGCCCGCCAAGAGGCUCUGGCCCAGCCAAGACGCUCGAAGAAGCUCGAAGGGAAAUGGCCCUCUCACGCACAGGACACGCCAAGAACCCAAGCUCCGACAGCGAAACCCCGCCAUCCACCUCGAACCAUCGUGCCUACUCGUUCAAAUUCAGCUUGGAAUGGGCGCAAAAUUUUGAGAGAGCCCAAAAUGUUUCAUGGGAACAGUCAAAUGCACCAGGAGCGGGAUACAAUAUCGGUCAUGAACGUCAGCUAUCUGCACCCAAAUUACCAGCGCCUGCACAGUCAUGUCUCGAAGCUCAGGUGCCAGGAGUCAGCAUGGAUGUGCUGCCCAUGGAUCCGGGACAGGGAGGAUCGGGUAGCGAGGGCGUUGCCAGAGCGAAGUAUGCAGGACGUGCUCUAGCGGAGUGGGCAAUCAUUGUAGGGGAGUGUAAUAAUUUCGUUCAGAGGAGACGGGCAGAGGGUGUGCCAGGGCUGAGAUGGGUUGAGGUUCCCACGUUGGGGGUGGAAGGAUUCAGACGGUUCAACUAA